GAAAGGACCCUCUUGCAAGGUCUUUAUUUGAAUAGCUUAAUGGGUUUGAAUUCUGAGUUUCUUCAUUACUAGUUACCAUGACCUGUUUAUCUGGAUCUUUUUUUUUAUACAUGUUCCACUAGACACCAGUUUAAAAGCAAUUACACACAGUCUCAAGUGUAGCAUCACAUGCCAGGAUUAGGACAACCCAUGUCAUGGUCCAAGCCUUGAAAUCAGCUUUCUAUGGCUGCGUUGUUCUGAGGUUUAUCUUGUCUGCGUAUUGAUGGAUACAUCUCUAAAGGUUUUACUGUAUUUUUUAUUUGUGCACAUCAUUUUUAAUAGUCAACGUGCAUACUAUAUAUUUUUUAUCUAGACCUCCCGCUCCCUAUAAUAUCACCAGUUCAUUGUAGUAGAACUUCACUCUUUGCUUCUCCCACAGUCAGUCAUAAAAACAAGAAAAAAAAGUUGAAAUGAUAAAAAAAACAUAGGUUCACCUAACCAGCUUUCAUGCCAACUAUGUCUUCCUUUCCCUUAUCGUCCAUAAUCUCUGUGUCUAGACUCCAAAGGAAAUUCUGUCUGGACAUAUCAAAAUGGGCCUCUAAUUAUGCGUUAAACCAACUAGUGCAGAAUCGUGGAAGCACAAAUGGUUGCUCGUACAUGUUGGACUCAAUACUGGUGGGUUGCCAACAAAUUGGGAAAGUUUACGUGUUUUUUUUAUGUAACCAUCUUUGAAUAUAGUUAUACAUACAUAUACGUGUAUGUGUAUAAUAUAUAGUUGUACAUAUGUAUGUACCUGGAAUGUAUUAUAAGUGUCGGUUUUCUUUAACUACCAAAUACUUUGAGUUGAUGAAAUACAUGGUCUUUUUUCUGAUUUUUGCUGGGUAUGGUCGAGGACUGGGUCAGAUGCCAAGCAACCAUCCUUUGAAGGACCGAUUAGACAAAUGCCUCUCCCUCAUUUGUUCAAAAUCCUUUGAUGUCCGAUGAUACAGAGAUUUUAAACUUAAGAAAAUACACAGCGGUUUCAAUACAACGUGCCAAAACGUCAACUUAUCUACACAAUUUAAAAACAUCCCUUGUUGUCCAAGGUCCCUUGUUGCCAACUGUCGAAUUUUGAGUUGGCGUUUUCUUUUUGGAAAAGCAGAUUUUAUCCCCCCUAAACUGCAUGGGCUUUCUCUCAAGGGUAUUUUCUUGGAGGCUAAUGAAACAUCAGAAAAGUGAACUGGUUUUGAAACCGUGAGAAAGUGUCGCGUUAUGCUUUUGAGAUCGCAAGAUUUAAAUGUGUAGAAUCGUCUUUUUUAUUGAAGUAGUUGGUGAGUCAAUGAAUUCUAACAUCGACACUAACACUUUCUUUGUUCCAAAGAUGCAGCUUUCUUUCGCCAGGAAUUAUAAUGUUGAGAUGUAUCACACGAUGCGUGCCAUGUGCAGGUGCACCUCUUAUCAAAAUGAAACUAUUACCAAUGGAUUAUCUCUACCACGCCUCAAACACUGACAUAACUUCUACAAACACUAAUAAAUAAUCCACUUUCACGUGUACUAUGAAUUUAGCAUGGGAAACUAUUUCUAAAAGCAAACGCCCAACGCAGCUUCUUUGUGUCUAUCAGAAUGUAUUUGGCAGCAUCGCUGAAAUGUUCCACGAUCUAUCCUGAAGGCUAUAGUUCCCCAGUGUCUACUGAGUUUUAGAAAAAAGAAUGAAAGAAUUCUAGAGGAAAGAAUAUGUACUUUUAUUUGACCUGCACAACGUCGUCCCGUAGCUAGCCUACAUACUGUUAUAACCUAUUCUGAGAGCGUAUAUUCCUGUCAUAUAGGCUAGACGUAUUCGGUGCGCUGGGAGGAGGAGGGCAGCUAGGGCAGCUGCGCCAGCACAGCGCAAGGUUCAAUUGUAUCUUCUUUCGCUGUCACUUCCUCACGAGGGGAAGAGGAUAUUUGGGCUUGGAGGGAAAGUGUUCCUACGACCUGGGCGUGCUGUGCUGUGCUGUUUCAGACUUUCGAAUACUAAUUCAACAGGGAAGACGUCUGUCUCUUCUUGUGAUCAUCGUAUCAGUUUAGGACGCAAAGUGCUAAGAGACGUUAUUGUCCUCACAAUCUGUGUGAAGAAAACUGUCACACAUUCUGAGAAGUAGACGCAGGUAGAAUGUGGAAAACUGAGGGAGAAGUGUUAAAGAGCGGGCUAUGAGAACUCCAGGAUGGACAGGGGGACAUGUCAAAGGAUAUUACUGCGGUUGGUUGUAUAUUACAGCUCAGUGUUCGUCUCAGGAGAGGUGUCCCUUCCGGACGGCUCCAUAAAUAUCGUGCAGAAUGCAGUCCCUCUGUCGUGCUCGGAGGGCUUCACGGAGCUGGGCUUCUACAACGGCUCCGUGUCUCAGACGGAUUCUGGCUCCCCCUGCCUGAAGUGGACCGACUUCCCCGACUACGUCCUGCAGUAUCCCGGCAGAGGCCUCGGGGACCACAACUACUGCCGCAACCCCGACAGGGAGGCCAACCCCUGGUGCUUCUUCCGCCAGAGCUCCGGAGCCGUCGGCUGGGCCUACUGUGACUGCCACCAGGGUUCGGCCCGACUGGUGGGGGGGUCAUCCAAGAGUGGCCGUCUGGAGGUGUACCUAAACGGGCAGUGGGGGGCGGUGUGUGACACGCGCUGGACGGACAGAGACGCCAGUGUGAUCUGCAGACAGCUCGGCCUUGGAGAGAUCGGCACGGCACUGCAGCACUCCUACUUUGGCCCCGGCUCCGGACUCUUCCACUAUGAGCGCCUUGGCUGCCACGGCAACGAGAACUCCUUGCUGGAAUGCCGGAUCAGGAAGUUUAUCUCUGGGGAUUGUAACCACGGCAAUGAAGCAGGGGUUGUGUGUGUGGAGCCUGAAGGCAAUGGUGCCCCCUUGAGGCUGGUGGGGGGCCUGGAGGAUUUUGAGGGCCGUGUGGAGGUGUACCACGGUGGACGGUGGGGUUCCAUCUGCGACGACCAGUGGGACGACAUCGACGCCGAGGUGGUGUGCAGGCAGCUGGGCCUUGGAGGAGUGGCGAAGGCCUGGACAUGGGCCCACUUCGGGCAGGGCAGCGGGCCCAUCCUUCUGGACGGGGUUCAGUGCACAGGAAAUGAGCUGUCGCUGGAGGAGUGCCCUCACGGAGGCUGGGGCCGGCACAACUGUGACCACUUGGAGGACGCCAGCGUGUCCUGCAACCCCUACACAGAUGGCGUGGUGAGGCUGGUGGGCGGGGACAGCCCCUGGGAGGGGCGUCUGGAGGUGUACCACUCUGGGGACUGGGGCACGGUGUGUGACGACAGCUGGACGGAGCUCAACCCCCAGGUGGUGUGUCGGCAGCUUGGCUUCAGAGGGCGAGCUGAGUCGGUGGCGAUUGGCAGUUUUGGCGAGGGCUCGGGGCUGAUCUAUCUGGAUGAGGUGCGGUGCACUGGUGCAGAGAGUUCGCUGCUGGACUGUGCCCAUGCAGAGUGGGGCCGCCAUGACUGUUCACACUCCGAAGACGUGGCGGUCCGGUGCGACAGAGGAGGAGACGCCAACGAGAUCCCCGCCGCAGCGCCCGUCUCAGGGCCCCUGGUGAGACUGGUGGCGGGCGAGAGCAGGAAGGAGGGCCGUGUGGAGGUGUUCCUGGGCGCCCAGUGGGGCAGCGUGUGUGACGACGGCUGGAAUGACGUCAGCGCCACGGUGGUGUGCAGGCAGCUGGGCUUCGUAGGGGUGUCCAAGGCGCGCUCCAUGGCCUAUUUCGGGGAGGGCCAAGGUCCCAUCCUCCUGGACAACGUGAGGUGCACGGGCAAAGAGUCGUCUCUGGGCGAGUGCCAGGCUGAGGGGCAUGAUGCCCAUGACUGCCGCCACAGCGAGGACGCCGGGGUCAUCUGUGACUAUGUCACCGCGCCCGUGGGAGACGGCGCCAUGGCAGCGCCCGUCUGCGGUGUUAGGCCAAACACACAGCGCCGCAGAAGGAGGAUCAUCGGAGGGGAUAAGUCCCUCAGGGGGGAUUGGCCAUGGCAGGUGUCUCUGUGGCUGAGGUCGCAGUCCAAGGGGAACCAUCCACUGUGUGGAGCCACCCUCAUCAACUCCUGCUGGGUGGUGACCGCAGCCCACUGCUUCAAGAGGUUCGGCAGCGACCCGUCCCGCUACGUGGUGCGGCUGGGGGACUACCACACGGUGGAGCGGGACGACUUUGAGCGCAGCCUCACCCCCGAGCGCAUCGUGAUUCACCGGAAGUACCAGAGCCAGGGCUGGGAGUACGACAUCGCCCUGCUCAAACUCAAGGGCUCCGAGGGGACCUGCGUGGGCUUCAACCCCCACACCAACGCCGCCUGCCUGCCCACCCUCAGCAGCAAGAAGGUCAAGAGGCCUGCGGCUUGUGUCAUCACGGGCUGGGGCAUCUCAGAUUCGGAGUACUCCCGUACGCUUCUGCAGGCCUGGGUUCCCCUGCUGCCCUCUUGGAAGUGUAAGAAGCGCUAUGGCAACCGUUUCACCAGUCGCAUGAUGUGUGCAGGCAGCCUGUCGGACCGCCGGCGAGUGGACAGUUGCCAGGGAGACAGUGGGGGUCCACUGGUGUGCCAGGACGAGGGUGGUCGCUGGGUGCUAACGGGGGUCAUAUCUUGGGGUCACGGCUGCGGUGACCCCACCUAUCCUGGCGUUUACACGCGGGUCAGCAGAUUCCUGCGCUGGAUUGAGAAAGAGACCCACAGCUUAGCAAAGAUCUGAGGUUUCCACGGCGAUGAGGUGAUGCCGCGACCUCACU